UUUAGGAGGAUAUUGUUUUGCUAAGUGAUUAUUAUUUUCUAUUUAGUUUAGAAAAAUAUUUCUCUUUAUAAUUUUUUCUUUCUUAUUCAAUUUAGAAAAUUAGAUUGAUAAUUUUAUUUUUUAUUAAUUUGUUUAGAACUUCAAUUCUUUUUUCUUUUUUUUUUUUAAUUUUCAGGUUUCCUAUAUUGUUUAAGUUACUUUUUGAUUUAUAUAAACCUCUUAUAAAGAAAAAAUAUAUAGAGUUAUUUAUGCGGUAAUAAAAAUACCAAUUAAGAUUAUAUUUGACAACCUCGAUCGACUUCAAUUAUGUCUAAUUAGUUAUUUUCUAUUGUGUGGUUGUCAUCUACAUCACUUGUUUUUCCCAUUUAUCCAUGGAAGCGUUUAUUCCAAUUUUGCAAAUUAAAAUCUUGACAAAAUAGAAUUAACCCCUUAUAUUUUUUACUUAUUAAGGCAUGGAUAGCAAGCCUAAUGUAUUGCCACUUGGUAUUGUUCUUGCAGAGUGAAGAUGGAGAUAUUAUUGCUUGUGUUGAUAUCUACAAGCAACCUGCUUUUGAUCAUCCUGCUCUGAAAAACCAUACUAUUCAGAUGCAACCCAGUUUUAUUCCUUCAACAGAGACUCCAAAUGGAGAACGCGAGAAUUCUCGGCCAGUUGUGUCUCAACUAUGGAAAAAAAGAGGUAGUUGUCCAAAGGGAACUAUUCCUAUCCGCAAAAUCCGAAGGCGGGAGUUAUUGAGAACUAAUGGGAGAAAGAGCCCUGAACAUCUCAAAGGGACAAAAAAAAUAGCCACUCAGGAUCGCUUUAUGCACCUCAACAACACCAAAGGCUCAAUUCUUUAUCCUACUCCAGAAAAUCGUUCUACCGCAAUCCUUUUGACAUAUGGAUACAAUUAUGUUGGAGCCAGUGGAGAAAUAAAUGUCUGGAACCCACGUGUUGAAAGGUUACCUGAAUUCACUACUGCUCAAAUCUGGCUUAAGAGUGGUGCGGUAAACAAUUUUGAAAGCGUGGAAGCAGGAUGGACGGUACACCCUGCACAAUAUAGUGAUGCACGGACUAGAUUUUUUGUGUACUGGACUGUUGAUGGAUACAAGAAAACAGGUUGCUUCGACCUUACUUGUUAUGGAUUCGUGCAAACUAGCACCGAAAUUGCUCUUGGUGGAGCUGUUGAGCCCGGUUCUAGUUCAUUUCAACAACAGUAUGUCCUCCCAAUCAACAUCUUCAUGGAUCCGACCACAACCAAUUGGUGGCUGGUAUUUCACAACAUUGCUGUUGGAUACUGGCCUGGAAGUCUCUUCUCUUUGCUAAAACACAGCGCCACAUCUGUUGAAUGGGGAGGACAAGUUUAUAGUGUUAAUGUCAGGAAAACUCCCCACACAAAGACAGCCAUGGGAAGUGGAUAUGACGCGGAGGAAUUGUAUGGUUUUGCAUGUUUCAUUGGACAGCCAAGGAUUCUGGAUUAUUCCAAGUCAUACAAGUACCCUACCUUUGUUGCCGUUCGGAAAGACGAAUAUAAUUGCUACUCUGCAGUUAAUUACAAAGCAGGGAAUGCAAAUGAUGAAGCUACAUUUUUCUUCGGGGGGCCAGGUCAAAGCUAUCGUUGUCCAUAAGAGUAUUGAAAACCUAAAAAAUAAAUGUCUUGAAACGUUUUUUUAAUAUAAACCUAAAAAAUAAGUGUCUUGAAACGUUUUUCUUUGAAAUAUGGUUUGGAAAAGACGUUUAGGAGAUUCAUCCAGCAGUCCUUUGAUCCGUCAUCAACUUUAUUUUGAAUAUAAACCUCAACAAUAUGAUUGUUGGCUUA